AUGCAACCCGAGUGGUUCACGCCGCAGACAAUGGGCUUGUGUGUCCGGAUUUGGCCACAAUGUCCCAAUGAAUCUGUGCUCACUUCUCCCGACAACAAAGCGCUUCAACACGCCUGCAUCGGGAACCGAGUAGUCCCAGUUUCUAUCGCAUCUGUCGGUUCGACAUGCUUCUCGCGACCUCCUCGGGCCCACAGAGCGGCGUUGUUGAGUCUGCCUGCUGCUGCGUCGUCUGCCCGACUGGCCAUGCCAACCUCCAGAGUCGGACCGUUGACUCGCGGACCUUCAACCGGCGGCUACGCGCCAGUCAAUGCUCCCACGCUGGACGUUGUCAUGGCGACUCGUGUAGAGGAGGCAAAACUGACCAAGUUGCCAAAGCGGAAACGCUACGAGCCAUUUUAG